AUGAGGUCCCUGAUGAAGCUCGUUGUGAUCCUGGUUUGCGUCCAGAGGGGAGAGGGCCGCUGGCUGAGGUCGCCGAUUGGUAAGCGUGGAAGACCAGAAGCAGGAGACGGCGUCUCCAAACGAGGACCGGAGGAACGGAGACGCGGCCCCCGCCGCCGCCGCCCGAUCCCGGCCCGGUCUCGCCGCUCCGCCCCGGACGCGCCGUGCGGCCUGCGCUCCGUCCUGCUGCAGGUGCGCCACCUCGGCCUGGGCUACGACUCGGACGAGAGCGUGCUCUUCAAGUACUGCGGCGGCUCGUGCCCCCGCGUGCGCUCCAACCACGACCUCACCCUCACCAACCUGCUGCUCAGCGGCGUGCUGCCCCAGCCGGCGCCCGGCGAGCUGUGGCACAACGCGCCGUGCUGCCGGCCCACCCACCACGAGGACAUGGCCUUCCUGGACAACUCGCACCGCUGGCACAAGGUGGAGAAGCUGUCGGCCGCCGGCUGCGGCUGCGUUGGCUAG